UCAUAACAUACCCGACCCUCUUCCCUAGAACUAGGAGAUAGGGAAGUUGUCUGACAAUAAUUAGCCAGCAUAAAUACUUUUUAGGUCACGAGAAAAUAGAUAUGCAGUUCUUAAAUAGGUGUGGUGUAUAGGUGUAGUAUAAGUUACCUUUAAAUAUCCUACACUUCCCACAGGAUCUAAAAAAAAACUCGAAGUCGCCUUCUAAGCUUGGGAAAGCGGUGCCUUCUACGCUACAACCAGACUCAUCUCCUUGUCACUAUGCCGUUCCCCUUUGGGAAGUCUCAGAAGAACCCUGCGGAGAUUGUGAAGAGUCUGAAGGAGAACGUAGCUUACUUGGAAAAGCUGGAUGCGGCAGAAAGCAAAAAAUGUGAAAAGGUUGCAGAGGAGGUGUCUAAGAACCUAUCAUCUCUGAAAGAGGUGCUGUGUGGUUCAGGGGACAAGGAGCCCCAAACGGAGGCUGUGGCCCAACUUGCCCAGGAGCUGUACAACACCAACCUCCUCAUUGCUCUCAUCGCAAACCUGCAGAGGAUUGAUUUUGAGGGAAAGAAGGAUGUGGUGCAUCUGUUCAGCAACAUUGUGCGGCGCCAGAUUGGCACCCGUACGCCCACGGUUGAGUAUAUCUCCUCACACCCACAGAUCCUCUUCAUGCUGCUGAAAGGGUACGAGAGUGCAGAGGUGGCUCUGAACUGUGGGGUGAUGUUAAGGGAGAGCCUGCGUCAUGAGCCCCUGGCCCGCACAAUUCUCUUCUCGGAAGACUUCUACUGCUUCUUCCGCUAUGUAGAGUUCUCCACCUUUGACAUCGCCUCAGACGCUUUUGCUUCGUUCAAGGAUCUUCUCACGAGACACAAGAUUAUGUGUGCAGAUUUUCUGGAGACCAAUUAUGACCGGGUGUUUACAGAAUAUGAGAAGCUACUGCAUUCCGAGAAUUAUGUCACCAAACGGCAGUCCCUAAAGCUCCUGGGAGAGCUUCUUCUGGACAGACACAACUUCACUGUGAUGACCAAGUACAUCAGCCGGGCUGAGAACUUGAAGCUGAUGAUGAACAUGCUGAGAGACAACAGCCGCAACAUCCAGUUUGAGGCCUUCCACGUCUUCAAGGUGUUUGUGGCCAACCCCAACAAGACCCAGCCGGUGCUGGACAUCCUGCUGAAGAAUCAGGCCAAGCUGGUGGACUUCCUGAGCCGUUUCCAGAGAGACCGCUCCGAGGACGAGCAGUUCUGCGACGAGAAGAUUUACCUGAUCAAGCAGAUCCGUGACCUGAAGAGGCCCACAGCACCAGAGGAGGCAUGAGGGAGACAGGCAGGGGGACAGCACCAGAGGAGGAAUGAGGGGACAGCACCAGAGGAAGCAUGAGGGAGACAAUCAGGGGGACAGCACCAGAGGAGGCAUGAGGGGACAGGCAGGGGGACAGCGCCAAAGCACAGGUAGUGGUGAUGCUAGUGAUUUUGGUUGGGGCCUUGGAGUAUUCAGAGAGAGAAUGAUAGUGAGAGAAGCAUAUUUAACUAGAUUCCAUUACUCUGCCCUUCUCUUAACUUCAAACAUAGGAACAAUAUACUGUACAAAGCCCCCCCACACACACGCAACAGGAGUGACCUGAGAACUGUUAGUUAAACCAUAGAUCUAUUUCAGCCAGCAGGUAUGAAAUCAAUGCACUUAGUCAGAUGAUGGUAUAUUGGACCUUAAACACACCAUUAGCCUCUUUAAUAAGCACAGUAGCACACCUGAGCAAUUUCCUGGGAAAUCAGGAUGAGUGGUCCACAAAACGGAAUACACUCUCCCCGACACAGAAUCCCCAAACCUUACAGGAACUUUGAAAUGGAUUUGUAAGCUUUUAAAGACAGAUGUCCUAUAUGAUAUUUUAGGGAUUAGAAUAUAAAAAUAAAGAUUAUUUUGCUGGGGUUAUUCAGUUAACAUUUAUUUUGUAGUGGUCUUGUUUCUGACACCAUACUUAACUAAUUCCAUAAUAUGUUGGUUUAUUGCUUAGCUUUGGAUAGACUCUUGGGUCAGAGUAGGUCAUUGUAAUCUUUAGUUGAUAACACGGUAAUUAUCUUCAAUCCAUCUCCUAAUGACAAACCCUGACAGUGGAAGGCUCAAAGACGUGAGUCCGCAGCAACUGUUGUCCUAAUAGGGGCCAUCCAUCAGAGAUGACAGUAAAAAAAAACUAUGAAAACAUGAAUCAACGAUAUGAUAGUAGGGCCCAGGCUAGUGGACUAUAAUAGAACCUACAGAUGGUUUUAGUAGGGCCCAGGCUAGUGGACUAUAAUAGAACCUACAGAUGGUUUUAGUAGGGCCCAGGCUAGUGGACUAUAAUAUAACCUACAGGUGGUUUUAGUAGGGGCCAGGCUAGUGGACUAUAAUAGAACCUACAGAAGGUUUUAGUAGGGGCCAGGCUAGUGGACUAUAAUAGAACCUACAGAUGGUUUUAGUAGGGGCCAGGCUAGUGGACUAUAAUAGAACCUACAGAUUGUUUUAGGGGCCAGGCUAGUGGACUAUAAUGGACCUACAGAAGGUUUUACUAGGGCCCAGGCUAGUGGACUAUAAUAGAACCUACAGAUGGUUUUAGUAGGGCCCAGGCUAGUGGACUAUAAUCGACCUACAGGUGGUUUUAGUAGGGCCCAGGCUAGUGGACUAUAAUAGAACCUACAGAUGGUUUUAGUAGGGCCCAGGCUAGUGGACUAUAAUGGACCUACAGGUGGUUUUAGUAGGGGCCAGGCUAGUGGACUAUAAUAGAACCUACAGAUGGUUUUACUAGGGCCCAGGCUAGUGGACUAUAAUGGACCUACAGGUGGUUUUAGUAGGGCCCAGGCUAGUGGACUAUAAUAGAACCUACAGAAGGUUUUACUAGGGCCCAGGCUAGUGGACUAUAAUGGACCUACAGGUGGUUUUAGUAGGGCCCAGGCUAGUGGACUAUAAUAGAACCUACAGAUGGUUUUACUAGGGCCCAGGCGAGUGGACUAUAAUAGAACCUACAGAUGGUUUUAGUAGGGCCCAGGCUAGUGGACUAUAAUGGACCUACAGGUGGUUUUAGUAGGGGCCAGGCUAGUGGACUAUAAUAGAACCUACAGAAGGUUUUACUAGGGCCCAGGCUAGUGGACUAUAAUAGAACCUACAGAUGGUUUUAGUAGGGCCCAGGCUAGUGGACUAUAAUAGAACCUAAAGAUGGUUUAAGUAGGACCCAGGCUAGUGGACUAUAAUAGAACCUAAAGAUGGUUUAAGUAGGGCCCAGGCUAGUGGACUAUAAUAGAACCUAAAGAUGGUUUAAGUAGGGCCCAGGCUAGUGGACUAUAAUAGAACCUAAAGAUGGUUUAAGUAGGGCCCAGGCUAGUGGACUAUAAUAGAACCUAAAGAUGGUUUAAGUAGGGCCCAGGUUAGUGGACUAUAAUAGAACCUAAAGAUGGUUUUAGUAGGGCCCAGUCUAGUGGACUAUAAUGGACCUACAGAAGGUUUUAGUAGGGGCCAGGCUAGUGGACUAUAAUAGAACCUAAAGAUGGUUUUAGUAGGGCCCAGGCUAGUGGACUAUAAUAGAACCUACAGAUGGUUUUAGUAGGGCCCAGGCUAGGCUGCAGGGUGAUCUUAGGCAGCCAUCCAUUCUUUAGUCUGAUUGAUCCCAAUGAUUGCACUCUUUUUUAAAUGUUUCUCCUGGCACGGACGCUUGCUAGUUUUCAUGUGCAGUUAGGAACUGGUGUAAGUUAGGAAGGUGUUUUUUAUUUUAGAAAUGAUCACUAAAUAAUAUUAAGAUGAGAUGUACCCCCCAACAAUAUUACUAAUACAUAGUAUCUAUGUGACGAGUAAUACAAUACGAAAGUAACACUGUACUGUUUAAGAGGAGCCAAAUCUGCCCAGUCCUGAUACUCUAGUAAACAUGGGCUUACUGUGAGCUGCAUGCUGCUUCUCAGGGCUUCUCUCAGGCAGCCAGACGCACUGGUCAAGAAUCCACAGAAUGCACAUAAUGAUCGACACCGUCAAACUUAAACGAGCCAAUUCGGAUGAAGUAUGUUCUAUCAAUUGCACCUAAAUUGGCCACUCCUCAAUUCUCUACUCAAGUUUAGGACCUAUCAAUACCUCAAUCAAUAAUUACGUUGUAUGUUGUCCAGAUGAACUACAAAAUGGGAUUCUCGUGAAAUAACAGCAUUUUGCCUUACCUAGUGUCACUUAAAUUGCAUAACAGAUUACAAAAAAAUAUGGUGUCUGCACAAUUUUCUAGUAUAUACCUCAUGGGGUUUUGAGUUCAUAAGGGCUGAUUUCUCUACUUUCCUUGACAAUAUAUUUUGGACAAAGAGCAGUGGUUUGUAUUAUACAUGCUAAAUAUGUCAAUGGUUUUGUUUUAACUUCAACAGGGAGUGGGACCUGGUUUUCUUUAAGGGGAAAACCAGAAUCUUCUAAUGAAAUGUAUUAGUUGUGUGCCUCACAUUUCAAUUCAUAUUGAAUAAGAGGACACACAAGUAUGAAUGUUGCCUUACUUUCAGAAUUGCAAUUUGAUUGGGAAGACCAUGUAUGUGGAGCUAUAGACCUCUCCAAUCUUCUUAAUCAAAGGUAGUAUAAGGGGCAGUGCUUGACUUGACUGAGAUGGGUGGCAGUACUCAUUUUGGGUGCUGGUUCUGUUUACAUUUAGAUGCAGGAGCUCCUCAAUACUUUUGAGCUAAUAUUCUGUAAGAGGAACAGGAGCUCAAGCAGUAGAAAACUUGAGGUGCUGGCAUUUAUACUCCGGUUAGCUCCUGCCCAAGUCGAGCACUGAUGAGGGGGGGGGGAAAUAAUGUAUUUCAAGUCCCAAAAAACGCCAACUUCACAGGCCCAGAUUAAAUUAUUAACUGCAAAUGUGAUUUAUUGAAUAUAGAUAAACCUUGAAUGGAAUACAUAUGAACUAUUCCAGGACUUUUUACCAAAAGUGCAAUUCAGUCCAGUAGUAUUGUAGGCUUAAUCCCGUUCAUUGUAAUCAGCCCACAGUCUGUUAUUUAUAUGAAUUCCAGAGCACCUGUUUUGUGGUAGACCAAGCAUUAAUGUUUUAUCAAAACUUUAAACUGAAUAAUUUAUUGGAGGAAAUCAAAUAUAAAGCAAAACAUUUCUGAUAAUUUUCAGACUUGUGGUUAUUUGGCUAGUAUAAUAACUCAAUGACAACAUACAAAAAUGUUCAAGAUUUGUCAAGGCUAAAUUAUUUUUUGGGUGAUUCAGAAUUUGAACUGUAAAAUGUAUGUUGUGCUUGACCUUUUUCACUGUGUUGCCUUCCUUUUUUUCCCCAAUUUUUGAUUAUUUUCUUUAUUUACUGUGGGAGAGGAUUAAAUGUGUACAUAGCUUAAUUUUAAAAGGUGAAAGUGUGGAAGCAUAUAUAAAAAUAAAAUUAAGACAUC